CGGCAAGGAAGUAGAAGUGUUCCAAGUGUUCACGUAGUGUUCGUUUUCUCUCUUAGCUGGCGAUGUUCAAGCCGAAAACCAUCAGGCAAACCGUCGAGCCGUUGUUCGCGAUGAACUUCCUGUUCGGGAUGGGCAUCAGUCUUAAAAAGAAGCCUCCGAGAUUGAUCGAAUACGCGUACACCGUGUGCGUUUUGAUAUUAACCGGCACGAUUGGUAAACUCGCGUUACCGUAUUACAAAGAAUAUUAUAUAAUCAGCACGUACGCUUUGAACCAAGUCAUAUUCGAGAUACUGAUUUACGCGGAUCUUUUGAUGAUAUGCACGCUGGCCGUCGUCAACAGAGUAAACGCACAGAAUUUACGUACGGUGAUCGCACUUGUAGAAUCGAACGAUCGAACAAUGGAGAAAAUGGGAUUGCCACAAAUAUAUCACGCGCUGUUCGUCUAUCAGAUCAAGGGAUUUGUAUUUUACGGAAUUUUCACAGUAUUCUUCAUCACGGUGAUUUACACCUGGCAGUUCCAAGAGUCGACAGCGAAAUCGAUGAAAUUCUACCUUACCUCUUUAUCGUACUUGCCAUUCCCGGUCAUCUACAUUUCUGUCAUCUCGUUCUGCUUCUGGGUCACAUGCAUGAAGCUGAAAUUUUGUCAACUGAAUCAGUUGCUUCUUAGUAUGCUGUCGACAUCGGAGUCACCAUUGUAUAAAAGAUUUCUGAAAACGAGCAACGACCUCGAGAACAAGAGAUUCUCGUCGUUUAGAAUUGUACAAGAGAGCAACGGGAAUACGUGCAAGAUGAGAUCAGUAAAGCAAAUACAUCUGGAGAUAAUCAAGAUCGUGAAGGUUGUGAAUGAUACUUUUGGAGUGCAAGUUUUACUGCUGAUGACCAUAUCGGUUAUCUUCACCACUAUUUUCCUCUACAUAUUGUACAGAAUCCUAUCGCUGGAUCUAUCAACCAAUGAGCUUAUGCGAGAACUGAUUUCCAUAAUUUGCUGGCUAUUAAUUUACAUACCUUGUGUCUUGUAUGUAAACCACGUUUGUGCCAAGACAAUCACAGAGGCAACAAAUAUGGGGGAUCUUGUAUGCAAGCUUUAUGAAUCAUCCACCGACAAGGAAUUUCGAGCAGAGAUUAGAAAUUUCACUCUGCAGCUGAUACAAAAUCCAGUGAUAUUCACAGCUUACGGUUUCUUCAAUCUGGAUCACGCGUUUAUUCAAGGAGUCAUCGGAACGAUCACCACGUAUCUCGUAAUUAUGAUUCAAGUGGGAGACAUAUCGAAAUCACAGCCACAUAACAAUACCUAUAUUUCAUCAUAAGAAAUCUAUUUCUAUUCAAAUAACUAAAUUUCCAAUUCAGAUCGAGUUAUAAUUUGAAUUUUUGGCAAAGGAUAGAUUGAAAUCAUGGACCAAAACUAAGAGGGAAUACCUUGAACUCGAGUCUCUUGACCAAGCUUCUCAGAUAUUCGCCCCCAACAGUUUUCCGCCAAUUAGAACGUGGACAGGGAUGAUACCCCAAUUACACUAUCCCCCGAUACACCCUAUGCGAUUCCAGAUGGAGGCGUUAGCCCGUGAAAUUUGGUAAUCUUGAAACUCGAUAGCUUGUAAUUCGGUGAAAAUAGCUAUUCCUUUUCAUGCAAUAACCGAUUCUUAAUUCACGAAAGUGGUGAUUAAAUAGUCUUGAAGGUCUAAAUCGGAUUCCUCUUCGAGAAAUUUAAAAAACAAUAUUCAAUGAUUUAAAAAAAAGAAAGAUUUUCUGCAAAACUUUUCCUUUUCAAAACUCAGUUUAGUUUGUAAAAAUUGGAAAUUAAAGCUUUCAAAAUUAUAUUAACGUUCACUAUGAUGCCUUCUUUCAGAUAUUUUCAAGUUGAAUGUACUUUUUUAAGAUCAAAAAAUACCUCGAAUUUCAAUUUUGUAUUAAACAUCUUCCUGAAAC